UCUUUAGUCUUUAUACGUCAUAUCGGGUUUCAGCUGUCAGCUGAUAAAUAUAUACAUCUUUUUUCAUCUUUUUCUUUUUGCAUCAAUGUGCAUUUUACGUACAUUUUCUAUUUUAUUCCGAAAACAAUGAUAAAACACAUAUUUACAAAGAUUUGAUGUCAUUUGAUAAUAGUAUUUGAUGUGUAUGUCUUUAAAUAUGUAUCUUUAGAAGAAUAUAGAGUGCGAAGUGUUUAGGAGAGGUUAAAACUCAUUAAACAACUCUCGUGUGCGAUCUCAUUUUUUUUUUUACAAUAUUAAAGCAGAGCAUGUCGGAUAGUUCUGACGACGAAUUAAAUUGUGGUGAUAAUCACGAAAAAACGCCGUGGAUUUUGUAUAAAGACCGCGAUGAAUGGAGUGACGUGACUCCUUUACCCCAGGAUGAUGGACCUCAUCCUGUUGUAGCAAUUGCAUAUUCCGAAAAGUUCAAGGAUGCCUAUGAUUAUUUCCGUGCCAUUCUGAAGUCAGGUGAAAAGUCAGAGCGUGCAUUAGCUUUAACAGAAGCCUGUAUAUGGCUUAAUCCAGCUAAUUAUACUGUAUGGCAAUACAGAAGAGAGAUCCUUAAAGCUUUGGCAAAGAACUUACAGGAGGAAUUAAAGUAUACAGAUCGUAUGAUAAAAUAUAAUUCUAAAAAUUAUCAAGUUUGGCAUCAUAGAAAAGUCAUCGUUGAAUGGUUGCAAGAUCCUAAUGAAGAAUUAGCAUUUAUAGAAAGUGUUUUAUGUAAGGAUGCGAAGAAUUAUCAUGCUUGGCAACACCGUCAAUGGUGCAUACAAACUUUCAAUUUAUAUGACAAUGAAUUGGAAUAUGUAGAACAAUUGUUAAAUGAUGAUGUUCGUAACAAUUCUGCUUGGAAUCAGCGAUAUUUUGUCAUAAGUAAUACAACUAAUUUUGAACAAGAAGUGAUAAAUAGGGAAGUUGAUUUUGCACUGGAAAAAAUAGAACUAUCAAAAGGAAAUGAGAGUGCUUGGAAUUACUUAAGAGGAAUACUGUUACAUGAUAGCAAAGGCUUAGGUUAUAAUGAAAAAGUAAGACAUAAAUGUGAAGAAAUGUAUAAAGAAGGAUGCCGCACCAAUCAUUUGUUGGCCUGUAUAAUUGAUAUUUGUCAAGAGAAAUGUUCAUCUGAUGAAACCCCAUUUUCUUUGUUUCACAUUAAUUCUGCAUAUGAACUUUGCAAGGAUUUGUCAAAGAAAUAUGAUACAAUAAGAUGGCGAUACUGGAAUUAUGUGGCUAGUCAGCUAAAGAUAAAAUUGAAAACAGAACCUUAAAAUUAAAAAUUAGAACAAUCCUACACCGUAAAUUGUUCAAAUUUUAGACAAUGUUUAUAUAUGUCAAUCUAUAUGGUUGAUACAUCUUGGCCUCAUCAUCGCCUCUUUAUCUAUACAAAUUUGUAUAAUAAUAAAAUGUUCUCAGAGUAAUUUGCACAAUUGGUAUAUAAAAUAAAAGUAUCUUUAUCUGGAAAUGAAAUUAGGGUUUGUUAACUUGUCAAAAUUAUGUUAUGUAAAAUUUAAUAUCACUUUGAGAUGUAUUAUACCAAUGAGAUGUAUUAUACCAAUAUUGUUAAUUUAAAUAAAAUGACGUGCAUUACUUUU